AUGGACCUGACAGUAACCGACGACACUGUGUUGGAAGAUCACAACGAAGACCCUAAACUUGUACAAAUGAGGUUGAUUGGAGAUGGAGUCGUGGAAUCCAUUAUGAAAGGUGAAGAUAUCGGUAUAACCCAUAGAAGAUCUAGAUCGUCAGCUACCCAAGGACAAAAUCACAACAAUAAAUAUAAAGGAUGCGUCGGAGAGUCGGACCGAGCGCGCGCCGCCUCCCGCGAGCCGCCGUCGGUGCCGGGCAAAGCGUCGCGACGCCUCUGCGCUCCUUGUCGCACCCGUCCCCGGUUCGAGCGCUCGUCUCCGCCGCCAUUUGCCGCCCCCGCAACGGCCGCGUCGAGGUUGGACGUACGCCCCGCGCCAGAGACAAUUGCCCCUGAAGACGAUCCUGUUCGCGGGACCAGAGGACAGUCCGCCUCAAAUUUUGGCGCGAAAAACGUUGAAAACGGCGCCCCGGUCAACGGGCGCAAACCGCGCGCCCGGAAGCUGAACGCAGCUGCAACAGCUGCAGCCAGCAACGCCGACGGCAAUCAAACGCAGCUCGAAACUUCCGGAUCUGCUCCAGCAAAAGGUAAUUUUAUACAAAUGAAGUGA